UGCAGUAUAGUACUUCUCUUAAUAUAAACAUUAGACGUACAGGUGUUAAACACCGGUGUGUUGAUCAUACCCAUACAGUACGCGAGGCGAUUCCCGGUGUCUUUCUGUACUCGUAAACAACAAGUACGUCAUCUGCAAAGACCCGCAAGUGAAAAACAUUGCUCGUUUACCCUUCUGAACACCUGCUCAUCCCCUUACUGCAACAUGCUAGCCCAAACACGUAACGCUCUGGAUAGCGUCCACGAAGCCGUCUUCGAUCAUAUGCCUGCCGGACUGCGCGUCUACUUCUACCAUGAAAGCUCCUUCAUCCAGCGCGCCAAACCCAUCUUCACCGUGGUUGGCGGAGUGACACUGGCCUACUUGUCCGCCAAAUGGGCCGUUUCUCUGGGAAAAGCGUUUGUUACGUACGGUUUGGCUGUGCCGUUGAAUCUCGGAGCGGAUUUAAAAAAAUCAGGAGAAUGGGCGGUCGUUACGGGAGCAAACGACGGGAUCGGAAAGGAAUUUGCGAUUCAGUUGGCCGAAAAGGCCUUAAUGUCGUUCUGAUUGCCCGGAACCUCGACAAAACGGAAGCCGUUGCUCGAGAUAUCAGUACCCGGUUCAACAUUCAGACCAAAGUUAUUUCACUCGACAUCGGCAAAAUGGGACCGGAAAACGUUCACCAGAUGCGCAACGAACUGCAGAAUCUCAAUAUCGCCCUGCUAGUAAACAACGCCGGUACUGCCGCGGGAGUAGGGAAUUUCCUUACCACCGGAUCCGACGAAGAUGUGGCCGGCAUUGUAAAUCUCAACGCGCGCGGUGUCGUGAUGAUAAGCCGCGCUGUCCUGCCGUUGAUGAUUGCCAAGAAAAAGGGUGAAAAGCGCUAUGUGAUCAAUGUGGGCGCUAUUUUCGGGGGAGUUAACCCCUCGCCCGGGUUAACGGUGUACGGCGCGACCAAGGCAUUCCUGGACUCAUUCUCCAUCGCGCUUCACCAUGAAUAUAAGGAUCAGGGAAUUUUUGUCCAGAGUUAUAUUCCUGGAGCUACGAAAACCAGUUUAAUGUUCAAAGAACUGGAAGGUCAUCCGCUGGUCGCCAUGCCGGAGCAAGCAGUGGCCGGCGCGUUGGCACAUCUCGGUCUCCGUUCUCGUACUUACGGCCACUGGAAAACUGCCCUUUGUGGGUGGUAUCAUUCCUGGAAGAACGUUAACGAAGCCUACAUUCCCCAUGUUUGAGUAGAAUAUUUGCUCACAGCUCGUCUUCUCCUGCCACAAUCGUGCUAAUUUAAGUUACAGUUAUUACCUUGGGAUGUUUUGAGUUUUUUUCCAAUUAACUACAUAUUUUUUAAAGCGCCUGCGUUUUACGAUAUUUAUUAAUUUUAUAUUCUGGGAGUAACUUGCAUUCCGUUUGCAUUCCAUGAUGCUUAAUAAUGGUGGUGAUGGAUUAAAACAGAAAUGUUUAAGUGAAAGCUAAAA